AUGAAGAUCCCAGCUCUUUUCUCGCUCCUCACCCUGGCCUCUGCCGUCAGCAUCCCCGUCCGCAACAAUGGCCACAGCCACAGCUACCGCACCAGCAACAGCACCAAAUUCUCCGUCAUGUCCACUCGGUCCGGCUCGCCCAUCCACUUGCUCCCCAUGAACGCUGCCCACGGCAACUUCUGGCUCGGCGAGUCUCCCUCCACCUUCUGCCCUGAGUCCGUCGAGAAGGUCGGCGGCUGCCCCCCAGGCACAACCACCCGGUUCGACAGCGCGACCGCCUUGGACGUCGCCGUCCCCGGCGGCCAGCGCAUCUACGUCGACCCCCGCGGUGCCCUCCGCUUCACCACCGCUCACUCGGGCUACAUCCCCCCCGGCUCCUCUACCGGUCCCUUCGUCUACACCACCGGCACGCCAUUCGGACACUUCGCCUACAAGGGCCAGGGCGCCAACGGCUUCGUCGCUUGCCCCAAGAGCAAUGGCACCGCCACGCACUGGCAGGUGUAUGCCUCUGUUGCGAAAGAUACUAGCGGUGCGGAAUGUCUUGGUUUCAAUGCUUUGGCGGUGCCUUCGAAUGAUACUCGGGCGGCCGCUUGGGAGUAUAUCUAA